AUGUCCGCAACCACCACCAUUCGCAACCCGUCAAUAACGGCAACAACAACACUAUCAACACAAGGAACCAGGCUGAUCGGAGAUUACUACCCGCCCAUGACGACCUCGAGCUCGACCUCGUUUGACAAUACUCCCUCGGCUGCGACAUGUCCUCACUGCGGUGACCAGUCUUCCUCCGCGCAGCAACGCAUACAAGAGCUGGAAGCCCAGGUCCGCUUCUUAUCCGCAAAGGUUUCGGGGUCAGACCAGACCGCAGAAUACGAAGAUGAAACCCGCAACCUGCGAAUACACACGCACGCGUUGAAUCACACCACUAGUAACGGGGAGACGCGAGCGUCAACAUCGUCCUCAGCCACCGACCAAGCCCCAAGAUCAACCGAUACAUAUCAACAGCAGCAGCAACAACAACAACAGCAAGGCCGCUUCGCGAACUUCGCCGCAUAUUUCCCUUCCUACCGUCGCGGCGGGUCCAAAGAUUCGUAUACUAGUACUCCCCCUCCCACAUCGCACUCUACGCACACGACGACAUCCUCAAGCCCGCCAUCGUCCUCCCACCAAACAUUAUCACCGCCGUCCACCUCAAUUUCGCAGCCACAGCAAGAAUCAGAACUCCAAACUGCACUAACCCGUGAACAAAACCUGCGCAAGGCCGCCGAGUCGCAGCUUUCGCAGGCGAGUUCCGAGCUGGAGGAGCUCACGGCGCAGCUGUUCAGCCAGGCGAACGAGAUGGUGGCGCAGGAGCGCAAGGCGAGGGCGAAGCUGGAGGAGAGGGUGGCGUUGCUCGAGAAGAGGGAUGGGGAGAAGCGCAAGAGGCUGGAUCGGUUGGAGAAGGCGAUUGAUAGGGUGGAGAGGGUGAAGGCGUUGAUUGAUGGGCAUUGA